UAAAAUUAUAUUGGGAUUACUUGUGCUUAAUUUCGAAAAUGUUAUCUGGACAAAAAACCAUCUUGUUCUGCUUCUUCCCGGCAGCCAUCUUCUUCUUUCACUUCCCCCAUUCUUCUUCUUCUUCUCCACCAGCCUCCGCUACUACCCAGCCUCUCGCUGUGUCCGCCAUCGUUCGUCCGGAUUCUAGAGCCUUAUAAAUAAGUUAUCACUUUGAUUCCACCCUCAAUUUCUUUCCGCAUUUUGCCACUACAUUAAAUUUCCCCAUUCCCCUCUUCCGAUGCCAUUGAAGAAGUGAAGCUCAACAUCGUUGAGGUUGAAGAUUGAUUAAAUAUCCAACAAGAUGGAACAUACCUUUGAAGGAGUAUUGAAUCAGGAAUGGCAUAUGCAAGAUUUGAAGUGGCUUACUUCUCAAAUUAGUGAGCACGAGUCUCUUCUGAGGCUCAAACGUAGGUGGUUGAUGGAUAUGGCAUUAUCUGUGGGUGAGCAAAAACAGAUAGAGGAAACACUUCCUCCCAAUGACAAGAUGUUGCUCGAGUCAUUACUUAGAGAAGAUGACGUAAGCUAUGAGAGUAUCAGAACUUGUAUUGAGAAGGGGUUUGGUGUCCAUCACAGUAAGAGUGAAGUCAAUUUCCACAGGAAUCAGAUGGUCUGCUCAACAGCUUCUGAAGCUUAUCAUGCAGAUGCUGAAAAGGUACUGGAAGGACUUGGUGAUUUUCCUUUCAGAACACUGCUUGCAAUGCACAGGAAGUUGAAAGGUGUUAAAGGGUAUAUUCCUUCUAUGCUACCUAGAAAAGAUGGCAUGGGGCGCAUUAAGUUGACCGGCCUAGUUAAAAAAUACUCUAGGAAGAUGCUAUCAGACCUUGGUAAAGCGGGUGAACCCUCGGAAGAAUUGGUGGGGGCAUUAGGUAUUGCAGGUUUAACAUCUAAGUUUGUAAUGAAUUGUUCAAUUGGAAGAGAAUUCCGGAUAUUUUCUCCUGAAAUUGAAUCAUUGCAAAAUGACAUAGCAAAAGCUAUCCGUUUGCUCAAUGAUCCAAAACAUGUUAGUAUGUUAGAGUUGAGAAAAGUGCGGCGAUUAUUGGAUCCUAGUUUUCAGGUGUCUGCCAGAAGUUUACGAGCAGCAAUACGGAAUCUUCUGACAGAGUACCUUUUUGAAUGCAGUGAUAUGGAUGAGGUCCCUGUUUGUAUACUGCAAACUGUGAACAUGAUUAAUCGAUGUUCUCAACAUUCCACCCCCAAAGUCUUUUCAUCUCCAGGGGUGCUGAAGACAGAAUUCAUACAAAAUGAGGUGGAACAUGUGUUAACUGUCAGUGCUCAAGCGAAAGAAGUUGUAUUGAGCUUACUUCCAACAUAUGAGUUUGAUAAAGACUAUACUCAUGCAUACAUGGAUGAUUUUGAAGAAAGUGACACACUCUGUAUUUCUGAUGAUGAACAAGUAGGGGAUGUCUCUUGGCAUGAUGAAUUUUAUUGUUAUAAUACUAAUGGUCAGGCAGAAAGUAUUGGUGAAACAAAUCCAGGAGAACUGAAUCCAUCCAUCUCAACUAGUGAAACAGAUGAUUGCUCAUUUUCACGGAAUAGGACGUUGAAUCCAUCUCCGUACAUGACAUCAGAGAAAAAUUUACUUUCUCAAUCUCACACUUCUGACAGCAAUUCACUUCAGAAUGAAGUUAAAUGUAAAGAAGCUACAAGUUCUGGAUUUUUUUGUUCUGACAUACUAGGAGAAGAGGCAAACAUCAUGCGUGAACAGAACAGGUCUGGGAAUCAAUACCUUGAGGUCCAAGAAGCAUGUGAUCUCUCAAGUAUGAUUGCCUAUCGUUUUAUGGGGCAUUUACUAGGCAAGCUUGCCAAGGUUGAAGGUAUAGAAUUAUCUCAAGGAGAUAGCUUAUAUCUCUGUGGUCAUUCUUCAGUUCCUGAAGAUUCGGAAGGGUCCCCAAAUUCAUUGUUCAUGUCAGAGUUUUCAGAACUUUGGAGAAGUGUGGUUCAGGAGUAAGACUGUAAGACUUCUUUAUUUGAUUUGCACAAUAUCCUACGGCUUCGCUCCAUGUCCUGUCCAUUCCAAUGAUCUCAAGAAAACUAUUUUGCCCAUUUGAACAUUUUCAUGUAGGCUCCCAAGUACUUAUGUGUGGUGGGCUGCUGUAUUUAUGAGGUUACUCACAAGUUGAAGGGCAAGACUGUUAUGACUGAAUCUUACCGAUAUGAAUCCCUUCGCCAUUGCAAGUUGGUAGUCAGAUGGUUGAGCUGAUACAUACAUUUCCACGUGCUCAUCAUUGGAGAUCAAUUAUGUGUGUGGAGAGACAGAUAAAGGAAAAAUGCCAUGAAAUAUUAUAUGAUGAUGCAAAUCUAUGCAUGAUUGGACAAAGCUGCAGGCAGAUUUAAAGAGACUCAAAGAACUGAGGGAAUUUCGACCUCUUGACAUUAUUAUGAGGAUAGUAAAGGAUUAUAAUCAAUAUGUAAUGCACUAUUUAGAUCGUGGAUAUUCAACGAAGGAGCUUAAUCUGAGCUAUGUUAAGGCAGGCUUUUCAAACACUCAUCUUGUUCUGUCAUGAGUUACUCCAGGUGUACAGUGGUCUUGCUUUGUUUAUUUGCCAAGAUACGAUCACUUUGCACUUUUAGUGAGGGCGGGCACCCUGAUUUUAUUGCCCACAUGGCAGUAAAAAUGAAUGAGGGUGAAUAUGAAAUUGAAGAAAAUACAGGAGAAGUUAGGAACAGCAAGAAAAAGUUGGAGAAGGUAAAACCUCUGCUCCUGCCAAAUUUGUUCGUGGGAAGUUUUUUAUUUUUUAUUUUUAUUGUGAGUUUGUUUUUUCGAUAGAGGCCCUUUAUAUGUCCGGUCUAGGUUGCACCGUUUUAACAUGCUGGACCUUAAUGAAACUAGAUUAUAUUGGAGACGAUGUUACUAUCAACAACUUUUUUGGCAGUCCAGGAGGUAGUGGAAAAGUGGUUAUCAGCAGUCCAUAUGAUCACAUUUUCAUAUUUUACUCUGUUAACAGUGAAGCUGGGCUGCUUGGUUAGUAUUUUGUAACUUAGACUUGGAGGUUUUAGUUUGUGAACCUAUACUGCAUAAUGAACAGAUUACUCUAUCCUUUCCCCAUUUUGAUAGCUUGUUAAUGUGAGUAGAGAUUGCUCAACCAAUUGUACUUAAUUGAUUCUCUAAGUUUGGGAUCGUGGCAUCCAGAAUUUGUUGAUUCUGGCCAUUGUUGCUGUGGAGAAUUUAUUGCGAGAAUCUCGUCAAUUCAAUAUAUUUUGGUGCAGUGCAAAUUCAUUUGAGGUCUU